UCAGUUUACCAAACGGUCUCGACUGGUGCGGUUCAGAGCUGUUGUUUGAUACAUGCGGUGCAAUUUCUGUCGUCCCAAAAGGACUAAAAUAUUUGAGAUUACGGCUAGUUUAUUAUUUUUUUUUUAGAAAAAACGCGCGCGUGUUAUUAUUUUCACUUUUGGAUCGUCCCAAGAGAAGUGUUCUAGAACUUGACUGCGGAGCAGGUUUCGGCCGAAUUAUUACCAAUUGUUAUUGUGAUACCAAAAUGGGAAAAUUGCUAAUUCGAGUGCACACUUGAAUCCAACGAGAUAGCAAAUAGCGAAUAUUUUUUUUGGAUGACCGUGUAGGAUAAUUACAAUAAACCGAUUACGAAUACAGCAAAAAGAACGAUUCAGUGUUUCGAGCAUGCUUCACCAGUAAUCUAAUAACGCCAGGAAAAUGCAGCAGUAAAUGGAGUGAAAAUGUGAAGCAGAAAUUGGAUAAAUCAUUCCGUGCUAGCAACAAGUGAGUGUGUUUGUGCGUCUAUAGACGCGUGUGGCGCCAAUCCGUUGCCGAUCUGGCACGUGACGUAGCAACUGGAUAAAAUUGGAAGCUUUACACUGUCCUCACUCGGGUGUACAAUGACAUCGUCUGGCUACGUAGCCAGCGUCAAUGCGUUGAACAUGUUCGACAAACUGCACACUUCCACUGUGAGCCCCUUCCUAUCAUCGGCGCCGGCAGCGGCAUCCUUGCCGCCUACGGAAGUGCUGUUUGACGCCUUCAAUGUCACCUCCUCAACGGUGGCCAUCGCCUCCCCCAGUCAAACGCCUACGCUCAUAACCUCGCCAGUUGAUGGGGCUGGCGCGGAAGAGUUCGUGGUGCUGCCAGGGCCAGAGGACGUGCUGCUGUUCAACAGUUCCAAUGGUCUUUACCAGCAAUCGGUGACGCUAACCGCCCGGAUGUAUCCGAUUGAGGCCACCGCGGCGAAGUCAAUCUGGGGCUUACCGACGCUGAUCUGGGCGAUCCUGAUCGGGACCAUUGUGAUACUGAUCGUGAUUCUAGCGACACUUUUCUUCUGCUGUUGGCUACAGCCGAGGACGCGAAAACUGCUAGCUUCCAGUUACUAUACCGGAAGCACUGUUUCUCACAAUACGAUCGUGCCGAAAUCUCAAACCAGUGAUUCUAAUCAGCUAGUGAUGCCCUUGUCUAUCGGCAUAUGUCCACCACAUUACAGUGCACCUCCUCCCCCUACCAGCAGUAGCAGUGGAACCAGCAGUGGCAGCAACCAUCACUCCAACCAACAGAGCUGUCCGGCCUCAUCAAGCGGAAUCCCGUGUCAUCCUGGCAGUAGUGGAAGCAACAGCACUAGUCAAACGGCCGGACAUCACGGCAAAUACGGUAGUUCGCCACAGUAUACGCACCAAUAUCAUCAGCAACAAUAUCAGCACCACCAUCAGUGCAUCCAUCAUCAACAACAGCAACAGCAGCAGCAACAACAACAAUAUCAUGCUCAUUACGCUCACAUGCAGCAGCAGCAGCAACAGCAGCAAAGUAGUCAAUAUGCACAGGCUCAUCAGCAAACGCUACAACAGUAUUACAAUCAGCAACAGCAGCAGCAACAUCAGCAUCAACAAUUAACUCAAUACAUGCAUCCUGCUCAGCAACAGUCACUGCAACAGCAGCAACAGAGGGAACAUCAAAUUCAGCAGCAGCAGCAUCACUAUCACCACCAGCAACAACAACAACAACAACAACAACAGCACCAUCACCAACCACAGCAGCAGCAGCAGCACCACCAUCAGCAGAACCAAUUGGUGCACCACAAAUCCAUGUGGGCCAUUAAUCCACUGUACGCUUCCAGCGGGGUAAUCAACGACAGUACUUCUGCGGGUGGACGAGGAGGAAUAGGAGGGGACGGUCGGCGUGAUAAUGAUGACGAUGCGGUUGGAAGCACUUCCUACCGGACACGAUCACUGCCAUCGUGGGGUAAAAAUAAACAACGGCCACUGUCUAACGCGGACGACCUGGAGGAACUGUAUGCAAAGGUGAAUUUCAGCAAAAAGCGUCGCAACCGGAUGCGCAACGACGAAGCGGCAAUCAUAGCUCUGUCGCGAUCGCGCUCCCAAAAUCUAUCCUCCCUGCCGUUAGCCGAUCAGGAUGCAGUCGUCGUGUACGACGAACGGACGGCCCUCUAAACCAUUCACAGUGUAAAGAAACUGAGGUACUUGAAGAGUGGAUAAAUAUCGGAGCUGCGUUUCCUGAUGGAAAAGGAGAAACUAUUAAAGUUAGCGAUAGUCAGUUGGAUGGUUCAUUGCAAACAUUUGGGAUCCUUCAUCCACAAGUUCUAUUUAGCCCGUGGGGGUACCGCUAGUACUGAACUUUUUUACUAGUUAUUUACACAGUUCGACGCAUGUGGAAGGACAAAUAUGCAUUUCGCCAGUACUAUCGUAAUUAAAAUUAAUCGUUCGUUAAUGUUAAAAAAAUUCUGUGGAACGCGUCUAACUUCCACUCCUCUUAAACGGGCAACCAUGGCAAUCCUCAUAAAAUGAAAAGUAAAUUUUCUCCGCGAACUAUAUCAAGCUUAAUCGUUAGUCGUUGAAAGCCCCCAUUGUAAAGCAAAACCCCGAAAGUAUCAUUAAA